UGUUUCCGCGCGUCAGUCAUAUGCAGUCAUAUGAUUUUGUGAGAGAAAAGGGCGAGUCGUGAGACCCCGUGUUUAGUUUGACGUUACGGAUCUGUCGCUCAAACGUGAUCAAGAAAAAUGAAAGGGUGCAUGUUCAACAUCGACGGCGGCUACCUGGAAGGUCUAUGCCGCGGUUUUAAGUGUGGUAUCCUGCAGCAGAGCGAUUACCUAAAUCUCGUUCAGUGUGAAACGCUUGAAGAUCUGAAGCUGCACUUGGCCGGUACAGACUAUGGCAGUUUCUUGGCGAAUGAACCAUCUCCACUUUCUGUCAGCGUGAUCGAUGACAAACUGAGGGAGAAGCUGGUCGUAGAGUUUCAGCAUAUGCGCAAUCAUUCCGUUGAGCCUUUGUCUCAAUUCCUCGAUUUCAUCACUUAUAGCUACAUGAUCGACAAUAUCAUUCUACUGAUCACUGGUACAUUGCAUCAGAGACCUAUUUCAGAAUUGAUCCCAAAGUGCCAUCCACUUGGCAGCUUUGAACAAAUGGAAGCGAUUCAUGUUGCUGCAACACCUGCUGAACUGUACAAUGCUGUAUUGGUAGACACACCUUUGGCGCCUUUCUUUGUUGAUUGCAUUUCUGAGCAAGACUUGGAUGAAAUGAAUAUUGAAAUAAUAAGAAAUACGCUUUACAAGGCCUACUUGGAAGCAUUUUACAAGUUCUGUAAAGAACUUGGUGGUACAACUGCAGACACUAUGUGCGAAAUACUUGCUUUUGAAGCAGAUAGAAGAGCGAUCAUUAUAACGAUUAACUCGUUUGGAACCGAGUUGGGUAAAGAUGAUCGUGCAAAAUUGUAUCCACGCUGUGGACGCUUGAAUCCAGAUGGACUGGCAGCUCUAGCAAGAGCCGAUGAUUAUGAACAAGUGAAGGCUGUAGCAGAAUAUUAUGCAGAAUACAGCGCCUUAUUUGAGGGAGCUGGCAAUAAUCCUGGUGACAAAACUUUAGAAGAUAAAUUCUUCGAGCACGAGGUCCGUCUGAAUGUCCAUGCGUUCCUUCAACAAUUUCACUUUGGGGUAUUCUACAGUUAUCUGAAAUUGAAGGAACAGGAGUGCCGUAAUAUCGUUUGGAUUGCCGAAUGCGUCGCUCAGAAGCAUCGCGCCAAAAUAGACAAUUAUAUUCCUAUAUUUUAAAUUAAUUGGGUACAUUAAACCAAUGGUGUAUACCGAUUAUUGCAUAUUCUACAGUAAUAUAUAUAAUACAUAAUGCUAAAAUAGUUAAUCAUAGUUUUUCUGCAGUAUUGCAAAUAAUGUAAAAUCAUAAUUUUAUUUUCAUUGUUAUCAGGAACGUUUUUAGAAGUUGUUUUGAGAAAUAAUAUAAAUAAGAAAUUAAUUUUAAAGAAUUAAAUGGAAAUAUAUAUAUAUCACGUAAGCAUCAAAUAUUCACAAUGUAUCAAAAAAUUAUUACUUGGAAUUGUUAUCGUCAUACAUUUUAUGAAAGUUUAAACCGUAUAGCGAAAUUUGUGUACAUAGCGUAUUUUAUUCUACCUUCAAUGUAAGUUACUCACAUAUUAUUCUGUAUAAUUAUAAUUUAAGAAUAUUGUAAAGUAAUAAAAAUAUAUUGCAUUCCAGAUGU